AUGAUAGAUGGAGAUCUUGGGAAACAUUUUGAUGUUGAGUUAGUAGGUGAAGACGCUAGGCAAGAACCAAUCUUGCAGUAUAGUCACGAAAACCCGAAUCGGACUGUGGUUAAUCCUUAUAUCCAUUUCGGACAACGAUCGGUUUGGCCUAGAGGUUUGCCAUUAGAGAAUGUAGGAGAGAUUAAUCAUGAAGAGUAUUACACUGAGGUUUUUGGUGGUAAACAGUUUAUACAGCAAGGGAUUUCAAACGGUUUACCGGAUGUUGAUUCUGUGUAUUAUUUCACAAGGAAGACGACUUUGGAACCGUUUGAUAUCAGAUUCGAUGAGCAUUCUCCUAAAGUGACGUUGCCUCAAGGAAUGAUGGUUGUCAUUAAAUUUGUUUAA